AAAAAAAAUAAUAAUAAUAAUUUUUUUUAUUAAAUUAUAAUGUCUGACCUUAUUGUUCCUGGAUUCAAGAGUUCUGAGCUCAUCAAUGAUUUAAACAAAGCUUUCGAUCAAUUCAGUACUGAAGAUAGAGCUAAGUUAAUCAAGCAAGUUAAUGGUGUCUUCCAAUUUGUUAUUAAGAAUGACCAAGGAAAGGAAGAGGUUUUUACUGUCGACUGCAAGAAGGAAGGAAAGGUAGUCCAUGGUAAGGGUGACAUUAAGGCUGAUGCUAUUUUAUCUUUGAAGGAUGGUGAUUUUGUUGAUUUGGCUACUGGCAAAUUAAAUGGUCAAAAAGCAUACAUGAGUGGUAAGCUCAAAAUUAAGGGCCAAAUUAUGCUUGCUAUGAAGCUCGAUAAUGUUUUCAAAGCUGUUAAUCCUACUGCUAAGCUUUAAAUUGUACUAUAAUAAUAUAUAUAUAUAUAUAUAUAUAUAUAUAUUACACACAUUACAUGUAAAGAAACUGAUUUUUCU